AUGUAUCCGCCGCCAGGCAUUCACUUCCGCAACCCUUUCGUCGACUCCAGGCCCUCGACAUCUCAGACCUUUGCCAACUCUCAAUACAAGCUCGACCUCGACAUCCAAUCUCCCUCUGGCUCGGCCAAGGUCUCAUUCCCCAGCAAGAAGCCCUUGACGCCGCCGCCGGACAUGAACAGUAUUGCCUCGCAUGUGCAGCCUCAGCACAGCAGCUAUUAUGGAGAGAGAUCUUCUGCCGCUCCUGUCAAGUACGAGCACCGCACCUACGACCAGCCCGCCUACGAUCAGAGUCAAAGUCAGAGCCACAACCAGAACCAGCUCCACCUGCCAAAGCCCGAUGUCAGCGCCGCAAGACCACCGAGUCCAGUCUACCAACCACACCCCGUACACUUCAUCGACCCUCCAAACCAGAAGCGGGACUCUCACAUGAGCGCCAUUGCCCCGUCGCUACAAAUCCCACGAUCCGUCAACAACAGUCAGGGAAGUAUUGCUGAGCUAGCAGCACAGAUCACAUGUCUCUUCUGGUUCGAGAGUUCCAGCACAUUAGACCGGGCUGACGACCCUGCAACCACGUACAACGUACAAUCACUGGUACCCGAGGCUAUCCCUACAACAGGCUUUCGCAAGUGGGUGACAACCAUUCUCUCGACCACCCAAGUCACACAAAAUGUCAUCAUCCUCGCCCUCUUGUUUGUCUACCGCCUGAAAAAGCUGAACCCGAGUGUCAAGGGAAAGCCCGGUAGCGAGUACCGUCUCCUGACAGUCGCACUGAUGCUCGGCAACAAGUUUUUGGACGAUAACACUUACACAAACAAGACAUGGGCUGAGGUUUCGGGUAUUUCGGUGGCCGAGGUGCACAUUAUGGAGGUCGAGUUCUUGAGCAACAUGAAGUACGCCCUCUUCACGUCAGCAGAAGAAUGGGGUCAGUGGCAGAACAGACUUGGCCGCUUUGCCAGCUUCUUCGAUCGCGCUUCAAGACCCAUGCCUCAGCUGCCUCACACGCUUCCCUCGCCGCCUACUUCAAAUUACGCCUCGCCUCCUCAUUACGGUGCCACCAACCCCGUCACUCACUCCUUCCCUCAGUACCCGUCCUCGCUCGGCCCGCUUCCUGAUCUGACCUCUCAGUUCUCACGAAAGAGAAGCCUUGAUACCUACAUUGAGCCUCCUGCCAAGCGCAUGGCUGCUUACCCUACUCCGGCUCACAACUAUACUCCGAGAGUCACUCUGCCAAGCCUCCCUCUCCCCCAGCCGACGUCUCAUUCAUCCCAGCACUUGCCGCCUCAGCUACCUCAACUGCCUCAGCUGCCUCCACUGAACUACUCGCACCGACCCAUGAACCAGGUGACCCAGCCCCCUACUUCGUGGACCCCGGCCACCUCCAUUCCCGCUCCCAUCUCGCAUGCUGGUACCCCUGCCGCUAUCACUUCGGUCCCUCAAUCUGUUGUUCACUCGAGACAUCAGAGUCCCUACCCUUCCUCUGCCGCUGUCUCUCCCACCGAUGGACAUUACCAACCUGCAGGUCAGGCUCACGUCUCUCAACUGUCGCCUUCCUUCUUCCUGGCUCAGCGUAACAGCCCUUAUCGACCAGUCCGUGGUGUCUCGACUUUGCUUGUUCCUCCUCCUUCUCGUGCCUUGCAACAGCCUCAGAACGUUCAGCGCGAGCAGAUGCAUUAUCAGCCACUCGGACGUCCACAGGAGCGCCAACAAGGCCGCCUUCCUUACAUCGAGAGUCAGUGGUUCGAAGGAAAUCCUUCUUCCAAUCAGUGGUACUCGCAAACCCAGCAUCCACAACUCCCGCCCACCUCCUUCUACAACAGAGGCUAG